AGGACGAGGAGUCCUAUGAACCCCUUCUAGAGAUGCACAGCCGCUGCGAUGCCAGCCAGUGCCUUUACCACGGAGGCAGAGAGCAGGCACAGAGUAGGGGGUGAGUUACCACAGCAGCUCGCUGGGGCUCUGCGGGGGAUCUCAGCCUCACCGCAGGCUGGGGGAGCAAGCACUGAGCAACAGGGACGUGCUGUGUCGGGAACUCCCUGGCUUGGAUCACUCGGCCCUCACAGCCACAACCUCUUUGCUUCCCCAGGCCCUGGGAGCUCAUCCUGUGCAGCUCCUGUGCUGCUGAGGGCACCCAUCGACAGUGCUCCCACUUGAGCAACACCACAGACAUGUGGGAGUGCAACAGCUGUGCUGGCCUGGCUACCGCCUCCAGCGCCAACGCUGAGUUCGCCGCUCCCAGCACUGCCAGCCAGACGGCUCCGGCUCCGGGUCCAUCCAGCAGCUCCAUGGAGCCUGAGACCUUCGGCUCCAUGCCCGACAGCCAGGCAGCGUUGGGGACAUCACAGAGCUCCCAGCUGCCUGAGCACAGCGACCUGCCCAGUGUGCCUGAGACGGAGCAGGGGACAAACGGCACACGUUCAUCGGAGGACCGGGCUACCCCUGAGCAGCUGCGAGGACGCCGUGGGAGCAGGCGAACAGCAGCCCCACGUGCUGAGAGCGACUCCCACGCAGCCACCAGGCGGAGGGCAUCAGGCUCCUCCAGGGCGUCUCCGGCAGCUGCACGCAGAAGACGUCGCAGGCAGCGUUCAGGAAGAAGCCGCACACGGAGCCGCUCCCCGCUGCAACGUCGGGACCCGAGCUCCCAGAGCCGGCCAAGAAGACGCCAUGGCAGCAGGCGAAGGCCAGCCUCAAGGGAGCAGAGCGCCACCCGCAGAUCAACAAGAUCUGCCACUUCGAGGUCCCCAAGGGCUUCCAGAGUGCCGCGACGCAGGGGACAGGCCAGGCGCUGAAGGCGGACCCAGACCCUCACCCAAAGCCCUCCCCUUUCUUACUUCAAAACCAUCCCCCCUUGACCUAUCGCCAUCCACCCUUGGCAAACAGUCAUACCCCCCUCCCCAUCCCCCCUGCUUUCUCUGGUCCCAAGAGUCCAACACAAUAAAGAUCAGAGAUCCCCCCCAGACAGCUGUCGGUUU